AUGGAAUUUCCCCUGCACGUGAAAGCUCUACUUAUUUGUGGCGUGUGGAUGGAGUGCUUCAGAACAAUCGGAUCAGAUGUUGAUUCAAUUCGGGGACUUUUCAUCGCAGUACCCUUUUUCGCUGCUGUUUUAAAAAUGAUAAUAUUUAACUUAUCUUCGAAAUCACUGAAAAAUUUAUUCAGUCUAUUUGAGGAGAAAGUUUGUCAACCAACUUCUGAUGCAGAGUGGACAGUAUGGGAUGGUUGUAAAAAAAGUGUCGACUCUAUAUUUUGGAUUAUUUUAAUUGGCACUUUAUUGAGUGGAUCGGCAUUAUUGUCAUUACCAUUGUUGGAGGGACAAUUGAAGAAUUGCAUGUUACCAUUUAAAACUUAUCAGCCUUUUGAAAUUGGAAAUGCGAGAACUUAUUGGUUGACGUAUGUGUGGCAAAUUUUGGCAUCGUACUAUGGUAUUUUGUUUAAUGUCACUUCGGAUACUUUGGCAUAUGGAACGAUAGUAUUACUGUGUGGGCAAUAUGAUAUAUUUUGUUUGAAACUUUCGAAAAUUGGUAAUAAAAAUGAAUAUUAUUCGAUUAAAUAUUGUGUGGAGCAUUUCGCGAUUAUUCAGAAGUUUAUUUGGUAUGCGCAAGAUUUUUUCAUGAUGGGAGUGACACCUCUUUUUUGCUUAAGUCUCAUAACGCUUGCAGCAACUAUUUUUAAUGUCGUUCAGGUAAAUUUAUUCAGCGCCAAGUUUUGUACGAUGCUUAUCUUUCUCAUUUGUAUGUUGACGCAAAUUUUUCUUUACUGUUGGUUCGGGAAUUUUUUAAUAGAGAAGAGCCAAGAAGUCACGAAUAUAAUUUAUAAUUGCAAUUGGUUGAACUUGUCGAACGUAGAGAAGAGAAGUUUGAAAUUUUUAAUGCAAUUUAGUUCAAAAGGAAAUGUUUUCUCGUAUCAUGGGCAAUGCAUUUUAAAUCUCAAUACUUUCGUAUGGAUUGUUAAAGCAUCAUAUACGGCGCUUAAUGUUUUGAAACGAAGUGCAAAUUGAACAACAAAAAGGCAUAAAGCAAUAUAAAAAAAAUUAAAUGAAUUU